AUUUCUUAAGUCUCUCUGGGAGUUGCGUUGGGGUUCAGGACUUGCCGGGUGAGGAUCAGGGCUCAGAGAGAGGACACAGACUUAACAGACACAGGAUGAGGACUCUGGCACUGGUGCUGCUGGUUUUGGCUUUUACAUCUGCCAGUGCAAUAAAGCCUAGAAGUCAGUUCACACAGUACCGCUCAUGGAACUCGCGGAUGUAUCCUGUGUGGAGGGAUGGAGACCCGAGGUUCAGAAACUGUUGGUCUGGUGGUGAAGUAACCUUUGACCUUAAAAAUGAUGCCCCUACUCUUACUGGAGCAAGAGCAACCUUCAAUAUUAAUCUAAAUUUCCCGCCAAAUCAGACAGUGCUCCCUGACGGGCAGGUGGUCUGGGCGCGUAACUGCACCGUCGACGGACAAGAGUAUCAGGAGGGUCAGGCUGUGUAUCCUGACCAGGGCACUGAGCAGAUGGGGCUUUUCCCAGACGGCACACCGUUCACCAGGAGCCAGAACAAGAAACCUCGCUAUGUGUUUGUGUGGAAGACAUGGGGGCGUUACUGGCAGGUGGCAGAUGGACCAUCCUCCUCCCUCACCAUUGGUACAGAUAAUGUCCCCCUGGGUUCCUACAGCAUGGAGGUUGUCAUCUAUCACUGUCGCGGCAGAAACAGGUUCAUCCCACUUGGCUAUGCCUCCUCAGUCUUCACCAUCACAGACCAGGUUCCAUUCACCAUAUCACUUGCCCAAGUCAACGAUGUAAACCAGGAUGACCAGAACUUCAUCCAGAACCGAGCCAUUGCUUUUAGUGUCAACCUGCAUGAUCCCAGCCAGUAUCUUAACAGCGCUGACAUCAGCUUCAGCUGGGAUUUUGGUGACAGCACUGGGACUCUGAUCUCCAGAGAGCGCACUGUCACACACACAUACCUUGCUGUCGGGACCUUCAAACCUCAGGUAGUCCUGAUGGCAAGCAUCCCCAAUGGCUGUGGAAACCCCACUGCAGUGGUUCCUAUUGAUGCCUCUGCUGCUCCAGCAGUAGUUGUGAUGCCCUCCACCUCUGCAGCUGUCCCAGCAGUACCAGCUGAGGGAGGAGAUGCCAUUGCUUUGGAUGUUCCUGCUUCUGUGCAGCCAGAUGACGCAGCCACAAAUGCAGAGGAUGGAGAAGCAGUCGUCAAUACAGGCACAGAUGUGGUAGAGGUUGCCUCAGUAGCACCUGCAGGAGUUGAUGCAGCUGUUGUUCCAGAAGAACAAGAUCCUGCCAACGCCGCUGCUGAAGGAGAUGCUGCUGCAGAGGAGACAGAUGCUGCAGCAGGAGAAGUGGUGCCUGCAGCUGAAGAGGCAGUAGAUGCUGAUAUAGCUGCUGCUGCAGAUGAAACCGCAGUGGUGGCAGAUGCAGCUGCAGAAGAUGUGCCUGUGAUUGAUGCUGCUGCUGCUUCAGUUGCCCCUGUUGCAGAGGGAGAGGAAGCUGUAGAGCAAGAAGUUGAUGGUGAUGCUGCCGCUGCAGAUGCUGCUGCUGCCACUGAUGCAGAUGCUGCUGCAGAUGCUGCUGCUGAUGCUGCCACUAUUGAUGUAGCCGCUGAGGCUGCUGCUGCUGAUCCUGCUGAAGCUGAUGCUGCUGCAGCAGAUGCUGCCAUUGAUGCUGCUGCAGAUGCUGCUGCCGCUGACGCUGCCACUGUUGAUGCAGCCGCUGCUGCAGAUGCUGCUGCUGCAGAUGCUGCUGAUGAUGCUGCUGCAGUUGCUGCUGCAGAUGCUGCUGCUGCAGAUGCUGCUGCUGAGGUUGUCCAAGCUGAAACAGAGGCCCCUGCUGAAAACGUUGUUGCUCCCGCUGCCACUGAGGCCACAGCUGUAGAGGAGGCAGCACUGGUUGAAGCUGCAGCUGAUACUGAGGCUGAAGUACUGGAAACUGAGAAUGAAGUUGCAGCUACUGCAGCUGCUGCAGAACAACCAGCAGGUGAGGAGGAGGCUGCUCCAGCUGAAGGUGAAGUUCAAGUUGAAGUGGAAACAGAUCCAGCACAAGUUGCCCUCGUUGUGGCUAAAAGACAAGCACCAGAGCUGACAGCUGACUGCAUGGUCUACCGUUACGGCUCCCUCGCCACCUCUUUAGAUGUCGUCCAGGGUAUUGAAAGUGUAGAGAUUGUUCAGGUGUCCAACGUUGUGUCAAUGGCGACUGAGUUGGAUCAAAAUGCUGUGGAUGUCACCAUUUCCUGUCAGGGAAGUCUACCAAGUGAGGUCUGCACAGUCAUCUCAGAUGCUGACUGUAUCACACCCGUAGAAACCGUCUGUAAUGCAGCCUCACCCUCUCCAGACUGUCAGAUGAUCCUUCGUCAGUUCUUCAAUGACUCUGGAGUAUUUUGCAUCAAUGUCUCUCUGACUAAUGAUGUCAGUCUUGCUGUGGCGAGUGCUAGAGUCAGUGUAACAGUAGCCUCAGGUGGUUCCCCAGCUGGAACUGCUGCUACAGUCCUGGGUGUCAUGGUUCUCGCCUGUGUCGUCUGUUGUAUUGGCCUGAUGUACAGGCGGUUCAAGCAGUACCAGCCACUGAGAGAAGACCACGGUGUCAGUAAUGGAGGCAGCUCGGGAGUGACAUCAGUGCCUUUGUUGUUGUGGAACUUGCUGAGCCGACAGUCACCGGGAGAAAGUCGUCCACUUCUUCAGGGGAGGAUUGUGUGAAUAUCUUCAUCAGCUCAGGCACCCAACAUCCACAACAUUUGCUAAUACACCGGCUUUAUACAUAUAACACUCUGUAGUAAUAUUGUAACUCCCAGUCAAUGUAUUAAACAAGAACCGAGUUAAGUGAUCCAGCCCCAUGUACGACAAGAUUUGUAGGAACAGAAAGGAGUCACAUGUGUAAUAAAAGAGUGUAAUAAAAAUGUUGAAACAUUUUUCAAGGAAAAUUAUAUUUAUUUUGACCUACAUUAUUUUUUAUUAGUUGGCACUGAUAGUUUAUAGAAGCCAUAACCUAUUCUCUCAUUUGUGGCCUACUUAUACUAAACCAAUUUGAAAAUCAAUGUUAACACAUUUCAGUUCAAUUUCUUUACAAUGUAAUUUAACUCAUAUGCCACAGAACAUUAUCAUGUUUGCUACCCUGAAAUGAAUAAAAUGGAACUUCAUCACCA